UUCUGUGCCGUUACCAUGGAGAUUUUAAACAGAACACAAUUGUAAAUACAAACACAUGUCUUCGCUUUAAUAUUAUCGCUAAGACGUCACUUCACGGCGGGUUGGAUACAUAAGCGCAGGUGUUAGCCGUGUAAUAGGUUGAUUGUGUGGUUGUGUGUAUGAGAUGGACUCUCAGUAUGUGAGCAGGACUCUGGGCCGCUGUCUCUCCGAGGCUCUCGCCGAACUAAUCGAGUUCCGACCGCUGGAUCCCAUCGAGUUUCUGGCGCUCUGGAUCCGCAAAUACAAACACAACCAGGAGCUCGAGCUGCAGAAAGCCGCUCAUCAGAGAGAGUUGGAGGAGGAGAAGCGGCGGGUCCAUGAGGAGAAUCUCCAUCAGAGAGACCUGGAGGAGGAGGAGAGCCGGAUCAGAGCCGCACAGCAUGUUCCUGAAUCAGCAGACGAGAGCAAACCAGAUCUGCGUGAAGACGAGAGAGAGAGUGCAGCCGAUCCGCCAGAGAGAGCGAACGAGCCGCAGGAUCAGGAGGAUCAAACCUCGGAGAGCCUGAACCCUGAGGAGGAGCUUCAUCCAGAGGACUCUCCGAGCGCAGGGAAUGAAGCAGACGCUCCUCCGGAAGAGAGGACAGGAGAAGACUCGGCUGAGAGAGCGAUGGAGAGAGAGGAAGAUGAGGAAGAUGACGGAGCCUAAACCACAAAACACAACUUAUGUUUCAUUAUUAAUCUCUGCUUUUGCUCAAUUCAAUCUCAUGCAUAUUGAUAUUAAAUGAUAUUUAUGCCAACUGAA